GAUUGUUAAAUUUGUUGAAAAAAUUGCGAAAAAUGGAUUUAAAAUCAUUGGAUAAAGAGGCAGAAGCAGCUGCAUUAACAGAAAUAAGGAACAUGUUUCAAAGAAGUGGACAGUUGGAGAAAAUUGAGCAAUUUAGGCAUCGAAUCCAGCGAAAGAAAAAUUCAGACGAAAGUUUACUAAAAUCAGCUCUAACUCAACAAUUAAAUUCUGUUGGAUCUGGAUUACAGUUGCUGCAAUCAAGUUUAGUAAUGGCUAAAGAAGUUGAGGAAAAGAUGAUAAAUAUGCAAGACUUGAUUCAGGCAGUACCAAAAUUAAGUAAUGAACUAGAAAUAGUGAGAGAAGAAAAUGCAAAGCAUUCGCAGUAUGUUACAGCUAUGGAGAAUUUGAAGCACAUAUUUACAGUUCAAUCAAGUGUCGAAAAAGCUAUGGGAUGGAUAGAAGAAGAUAAAUUGUUGCUUGCUCAUCAAUGCUUAUCGGAUUUAGAGAAUUCUCGUGAUGAUCUGUUAUUUGAGCUACAUAAAUUAACUAAGCAGAACACACAUGAUAAAAUUACACUUAAAUGCUAUUUUGAUAAGGUCGAUAAUGUCUCGACUGCAUUACAAGAGAAGCUUCGCUUCAUAUUUAAGAGAUUAUUAAAUACAGUAAGAAAAGAACCAACAAUUGUUGUUACAGCAUUAAGGAUAGUAGAGCGCGAAGAAAAGGCUGAUCAGUUUGCACUGCAGCAACAGAAGCUUACAGGAUUUUUACCACCUGCUCGUCCAAAAGAAUGGCGUUCUAUGCUGUUUAGAACUUUAAAUGAGACAGUCGAAGAACGGAUUGAAGGAUCAAAUAUUGAGAAACGUGAUGAAAAGUUGUGGCUUGUUAAAGAUUUAGAAAUUAUGCGACAAUUGAUUUUAGAAGAUCUGAAAGUUAUUAAGACAGUAUGCAUUCCUUGUUUUCCACCAUCCUAUAAUAUUCUGCAAGAAUUUGUAAAAAUGUAUCAUAGUGCAGUAGCUGGAUUUUUGGAACAAUUAAUUCAACGUGGUAUUGAAGGAAAUGAGUAUGUAUCUUUAUUGUCUUGGAUCAUAAAUACUUAUCCUGGAAAGGAACUUAUGUUACAUCCUGACUUGAAGAUUGAUUUAUCACAAAUUGAAAAUAUUAAGCCAAUUAUGAAGAAAGAGACACUAAAAUCAUUGGAAGGUGCUUAUUUAAAGACAAUGGAAAAGAACUAUACUGAUUGGAUGGAUAAAACAGUCGAAACUGAGAAGGGAGAUUGGCAAUCGGGAAUGCCUGAUCAAGAUGACCAAUUUUUCCAUACAUCAAGCCCUGUUAUCAUCUUCCAAAUGAUCGAUCAGCACUUACAAGUUACUAAUACUAUAAGUCAGGAUUUGACAUUUGAUGCUUUAGUGCUUAGCAUUCAACAAGUAACAUUAUAUGGACAGAAAUAUCGUUUGGCAAUAAUUGAUUUUAAGGAACGGCAUUUUAAAGACAGAAGUCAAGUUCCAUUCUUUACACAGCAUAUCAUUACAAUUGUGAAUAACUGUCAACAAAUCAUGGAACUAGCACAGCAAAUUAAGCAACUUUAUUGGCCUAAAACUAGAACUGAUCAUUAUGAAGAUUUUGAGAAACUUAUAGAGACAUUCCAAGCAUUAAGAGAUGAAACUGCUUCAUAUUUACUUGAAGAAGCGUUCCUUGAUUUAGACAUUCAUUUCAAUGAGUUAUUUACUGUCAAAUGGAUUGCAACAAGCAUAGCUGCUGAUACGAUUUGUGUGACUUUACAGGAUUAUUUUCAAGACUAUAAUCAUCUGCGUGUUCUUAACUUUGAAUUUGUCAUUAAAGAAGCACAAAAGAUGGUCGCAAAACGAUACCUUAAAGCAAUGCUGUCCAAAAAGAUUAGUAAGCCAAAAGUCGAAUGUGAAGUUAUUGUCAAGAAAAUUAUUAAGGAAGUUAAGCAAAUUAAGCACUUCUUUGACAAAAUAGCACCAAAUGUGCUCAAAAAUGAUUCGCCAUUUGAUGUUAUAAUUGAUUUAGCACAGCUUCUUAAUUGCGACGUAGAAAUGAUUAUUCUCGAUUUACAUACCUUAUUGACCAACUAUCCAUCAAUCAGUGAGGAUCACUUAUUUAGGCUAUUCUAUAUUAGAAAUGAGAUCAAGUCGAAUGACAUUAAAGAGAAAAUUAAUGAUGCAUUCAAAUCACGAAAGACGACAGUUAGCACACAUGACAAACUUGGAAGUGCUAUAUUUAAGGAAAUUGUCUUUGAGAAAUUGUGGCCAGUAUAAGCUUCAUAUAUAUCCACUAAUCAACUGCUAUCACUUAUUAAUUCAUGUUUUAUGCUAUAAAGAAAGAUCAAAAAUAUUAUUAUAUAUAUAUCCAGAUUUGAU